UUUCCACUGUUUUCUCGUUGAGUUCGGCGUGUCGCAGCAAGGCAGGAAGAUGGUCUCUCAGGGCAUCCAGUUCACCGGCAUAGUCAUAGCCUCGAUCGGCUGGCUGCUGGACAUUGUGGUGUGCGGGCUACCCAUGUGGAGGGUGUCCGCCUUCGUGGGCGCCAACAUCAUCACGGCUCAGACCAUCUGGGAGGGUUUGUGGAUGAGCUGUGUGGUGCAGAGCACGGGUCAGAUGCAGUGUAAGGUGUACGACUCCAUGCUGGCGUUGGAGCAGGACCUGCAGGCGGCCCGCGCCAUGAUCGUCGUCUCCAUCUUGUUGGGGAUCUGUGGGGUGUUCCUGGCCAUCGCUGGGGGAAAGUGCACCAACUGCAUUGAGGACGAGCGAUCCAAGUCGAAGGUCUGCAUCGUUUCUGGAAUUCUGUUCAUCCUCGCCGGGCUGCUGUGCCUCAUUCCCGUCUCCUGGUCCGCCAACUCCGUCAUCAGCAGGUUCUACAACUUGAUGAUAAUCGGAACGCCUCAAUACGAGUUGGGAGCGUCGCUGUACAUCGGCUGGGCAGCUUCCGCCUUGUUCUUGAUUGGAGGGGGGCUACUUUGCUGGAAUUGCCCCACCAUUGAGGGAGACCUUAACUACGUUUCCAAACCCAGAUUCACCCCAGUGAAGACCACUUCGUCAUCCAGAGAAUACGUAUAAAGUUUCCCUCCUAACACGGACACGAAGGCUCAAGACAGCUGACAUGUCAGCUCAUAUUUAUCUUACUGAUGAAUCCACGCAAAGUGUAAAUAUUGUACGAAUUCUCAGCUUUUGGCCAGUUUUAUGAGGGGUUUGAUCAUAAAAAGGCUUAUGAAAGGCUUUCUUUCAUAAUGAUUACUUUGGAAACGAUCUGUUUUAGUAAUCCAAGAAAUGAAUAUUUAAUUCCUUUUGAACAUUGCAAGAGAUUUUAUUAAAUGUCAUUGUGAUCAUUUGUAUUUUUAAAGAAAUUGACCCUAAUAACAAACACAUCUAUGUGUAAAUAAAUGCGUAAUGCUUUUUCCUUUACUUUUAAAUUCUUUUUGUUCUCCAUAUAGUCAUGUAACUUUACUUGUUUUUGUGUUUGUAAUGUAAAUACACUCUGUUAAAACUGAACUAUUACAUUAUAGUUCCGUGGAAAAUUUAAAAAUAAAAUAAAAUGUUAC